AUGUAUGAAAACAACUCCUGCACUACUGAAUUUACCCUCACAGGAAUUACAGAAAAGCCAAGCCUAAAGAUGAUCUCGUUUGUGAUAUUUCUUGCUGUGUAUCUGGUCACCAUAGUGGGGAAUCUUGGAUUGGUGGCAUUGAUAUACUCAGAACGUCGUCUUCACACACCAAUGUACAUCUUUCUGGGAAAUCUGGCUCUCAUGGAUGCUUGUUGUUCCUGUGCCAUUACCCCCAAAAUGUUAGAGAACUUCUUUUCUGCAGAUAAAAGAAUUUCCCUCUGUGAAUGUAUGGUCCAGUUUUAUUUUCUCUGUCUUGCUGAAACUGCUGACUGUUUUCUUCUGGCAGCAAUGGCCUAUGACCGCUACGUGGCCAUUUGUAGCCCACUGCAGUACCACACCAGGAUGUCAAAAAAACUUUGCACUCUGAUGGCCACUGGGGCCUUCAUAGCUGGACACAUCGAUUCUACUAUCCAUGUGGCAUUAUUGUUUAGGUUAACUUUCUGUGGGUCUCACCAAAUCAAUCACUUCUUUUGUGAUGUCCUUCCAUUAUACAGAAUCUCUUCUGUUGACCCUUAUGUUAAUGAUUUGAUGAUACUUAUCAUGUCAGGGUCAAUUCAAGCCUUUAGUAUUGCAAUAGUUCUGGUAUCAUAUUUCUAUAUUCUUUUCACUAUAUUCACAAUGAAAUCCAAAGAGGGAAGAGGAAAAGCCUUAUCUACCUGUGCAUCCCACUUCCUUUCUGUGUCAAUAUUCUAUGGCUCUCUUCUCUUUAUGUAUGUUCGACCAAAUUCAGUUAAUGAAGGGGAUAAAGACAUAUCUGUUGCUGUUUUUUACACUAUAGUAAUUCCUUUAUUAAAUCCCUUUAUUUAUAGUCUUAGAAAUAAGGAAGUCACAAAUGUUGUGAGAAAAAUUAUUAAAAGAGAUAAUUUUAUAACACUGUGA